UUCUUUAGUGCACACUUUGAUGUCGACCAGUAAUGAUGUUGUAUUUAGUAAAAUUAGUUUACAUUGUGUCAACAAUGGUUGAAAUGAACUGUCAAACAUUCACCACAAAGGAUGUUAGGAUCAAUAUUCCUGUUACGAACGAGAUUAGCAUACGCGAUCCAUUUGCAGCAUCGGAUACGCCAAUGGAAGAACCUAAAAUGUACUGCGAUUUGCCAAGCCCAAUCCCGAACGGCUGGAUCGAUAUUACGGACAAUCUUCCUUUAAAAAUGUCAACGGUAGGCCGAUCAAUCAUUUAUCGUUGCAACACAAACGCGAGGCUGAUUGGUGCUUCCUCUGCCACUUGCGAAAAAGGCGGAAAUUGGAGUAAAAAUCCACCGGAAUGUUUAUCACCUUGCAUCGUACCCGUGGUGGAACAUGGCGUCGUGCGAAACGAGUCGUCUGGAUCGACGUUAUUUCACGGAGGGAAGUUAACCAUCGAUUGCAUUGAUUCCUACCAGCCGGUUCAUGGACAGAUCACCUCCACUUGCAACAACGGAACGUGGAACGUUAUCCCUCGAUGCGAACCAGCCCCUAGAGGAAAUUGUGACAGGCCGGAAAUACCGAACGGAAUGUUCGUUCAAAUUGAUGGAAGGAACGUAACCCAUAACCAAACCUACGUCCCUGGAACUGAAAUCUUUUAUAAAUGUGCUGAUCCUAAUAGACGACUAAUCGAUAACUCAGAUUCAGAAGUGACGCAUUCACGUCUUGUCUGCGAUACGGCAACACGAAGCUGGAAAGGAACUCUGUUAACAUGCGAGGCAACGUGUGGAUCCUUAAUUCCCCUCAUCCGGCUUAAGCUGUUAGCUGCUGAUGCACCGGAAUUACGUAACAUCAAGUUAGACGGACCGGAUUUAGUCGGAGAACGCUACAAAGUUGGGACCAACGCAUCAGUAUAUUGCAAACCAGCAGAAAAUGUUGUUCACCCGACGGCCACUGCGAAUAAUGGCCUGGUGGUUUGCCAAUCUAACGGGACGUGGGGAGGAAGUUUUCCUAUUUGUGUUCGAUCGGUAGGAGGUCGCUUGAAGUUAUUGACAUUUUAUAUCAUCUUGACUUCGUCUGCCAUUGGUUUGAUAUUCUUUUUGAUGUUGGUCUGGAUUUACAACAAAUGCGGACAUCACAAAACUUCUCCCGACGUUGGUAACGACAACAGCAAUAAUGAAAACAGCAACGAUGCACAAGGAAUGCGGGCUGAACUACUGCGCCAAAUCGGACGACAAAGUUUCUAUUCUUUGGACGAAACUCCCGAUGGUGGCCAUCACGGAUACGCCACGAUUCACAGACCAGGAACACUUAGGAGACAGUCAGCCUUGAUUGUUCACUACGGUAAAAACAGGACUACCAGUCAAUAUGGCAAACUGGGUUAGUAAUUUUUUUCAUUUUGCCAUUAUCGUUCUACGUUGUAAUCUAAUCAACCUGAACUAAAAACAUGUUAAACAAGCAUGAAUGCUACUUGUAAAGUAAGUUGCCGAAGAAAAAAAAGAAAGAAGAAAGAACACGCACGCAGCACAGACGUUUCAAUCUAAUUUGUGGAGUAUCUAUUUUACAACGCUAAAGUACGAUGUGGCAAAUUUCAGGUGCACAGGCUACAAAAUACAUUUUGUGCUUGCAAAACAUAUAUACCCUUUCCAUCGUGCCUUUGAUAAUUGGCCUGUAAAAAGAGACGGUUUCUAUUCCUGGUUGCACAAACGACGUCGUAUGACGUCAUUGAAUAAAACUAAUCAUUAUAAAAGAUUCGUCGGGUGA